AUGGUUCUAUGGCACAGGAAUACACAUAUUUUCGAUAGGGACUUUCAGACUGUGUCUCUUGCGUUUUUCAACCGAUAUCCUAAUCCCUAUGCUUCGCACGUAAUUUCAAUCGAUACAAUCUCGAGGAAGAUCGACGAUCUUGGGAAGUUGCACACUACUAGAUUGAUCAAGAAGACGGGAAAACUGCCUGCGUGGAUAAAACCCUUUUUGGGGAGGAUCACUGAGUCUUGGAUCAUCGAGAUGAGUGUUGUAGAUGCUCAAAGGGGCCAACUUCUCACGUACACGAGAAAUUUAGACCACACGAGAGUCAUUAAGGUUGAGGAAUACACACACUACCAUUACAUCAAGAGAGACGACACAACUUUGGUAGACAGCAAGGUAAAGUUCAGUAGUGGGUUCCGGAUGGGCAUCAAGCAUAAGAUCGAAGAAUGGUCGCACAGGAAGUUCGCAGAGAACAUCAAAAAGAGCAGAUUGGGCAUGGCAUUUGUGAUGGAUAAAUUAGAGACAAGGACGAAGUUAUUACUUUAA